GUUGGGCGUGCGGGACUGGCGGGCACGCGCGCGCGCCGACCGCGUAGGUCCUGUGGGCAGCAGGAGGGCGCCCGACGCCGACCCGCACGCGCGCUCAGGCGGAGGUGGUGCGUGUGUGUGAGUGUGUGUGUGUGUGUGUGAGUGUGCGCGCGCGCGCGUGUGUGGGGUGCUUGGAUGCAUAGCGCCAGCUGUCAGUGCCCGGGCGCUCGUCCCCCGCCGGCUCUCACACCCUCCCUCUCUCCUUCCGCGCUCCUUCCCUAUCUCCCUCCCGCGGCUCCAGGUUAGUGCACGGAGCGAGAGCCCAGAGAAGCAGGGGUGGGGGGAGAAGGGGUCGCCCGAGACAAAAGGCGCGCGGGGGUCAGCCCGCCAUGGCCUCCCGGAGCCUGGGGGGCCUGAGCGUGAGCCGCGGCGGCGGCAGCAAGAAGAGCCUGAGCGCCCGCAAUGCUGCGGUGGAAAGGAGGAACCUGAUCACUGUGUGCAGGUUUUCUGUGAAAACCCUAAUUGAUCGGUCCUGCUUUGAGACAAUUGAUGAUUCUUCUCCUGAAUUUAACAAUUUUGCAGCUAUUUUGGAACAGAUACUCAGUCAUCGGCUAAAAGAGAUUUCCCAAAGUUGCAGAUGGCUGUCUCAUUUCCAAAUAUCUCUUCAAGGUCAAGUAACCUGGUUUGGUUAUGAAAGUCCUCGUAGCUUCUGGGACUAUAUCAGAGUGGCUUGCCGGAAAGUCUCACAAAAUUGUAUCUGCAGCAUUGAAAAUAUGGAAAAUGUCAAUUCCUCUAGAGCCAAGGGUAGAGCCUGGAUCAGAGUAGCACUCAUGGAAAAGCAUUUAUCGGAAUACAUCUCUACAGCCCUGAGAGACUUCAAAACAACCAGGAGAUUUUAUGAAGAUGGGGCGAUUGUCUUGGGUGAAGAGGCAAACAUGCUUGCUGGCAUGCUGCUUGGACUCAAUGCUAUUGAUUUCAGCUUCUGCCUAAAAGGAGAGGGAUUGGAUGGCAGCUUUCCUGCAGUAAUAGACUAUACACCGUAUUUGAAGUUUACUCAAAGCUCUGAUAGUAUCAGCAGUGAUGAGGAAGAGCUCAGGACUUUGGGAAGCAGUGGUAGUGAAAGCAGUACUCCAGAGAAUAUAGGACCGCCUUUCAUCAUGGAUGAAAAUAGUUGGUUCAACAAAUGUAAGAGAGUUAAACAGAAGUAUCAGCUUACCCUGGAACAGAAGGGUUAUCUUGAAGAACUUUUAAGACUUCGAGAGAACCAACUAUCUGAAUCAGUCACCCAGAAUAAAAUUCUACUUCAGAGGAUUGAAGAUUCCGAUCUGGCCCAUAAAUUGGAGAAGGAACAGUUAGAAUAUAUAAUUGUGGAGCUUCAAGAUCAGCUGACUGUGCUAAAGAAUAAUGAUUUAAGAUCAAGACAAGAGUUAACUGCCCACCUCACCAACCAGUGGCCUUCCCCAGGAGCUCUGGAUGUCAAUGCUGUUGCCUUGGAUACGUUGCUUUACCGAAAACACAAUAAACAGUGGUAUGAGAAAAGUUAUCAAAGUCUUGACCAGUUAUCAGCUGAAGGUAGCCUUUCUCAGAGUUCGCUGGAUCCAAGCCACUCACAAGAAGGAGAUGGAAAACACGACACAUUAAAUUUAAUCAGUGAAGGUAAAGAAGACACUCCGUCACUGCUGGGUCUCUGUGGGUCUUUAACAUCCGUGGCAAGUUACAAGUCUCUAACAAGCCUGAAAUCUAAUGACUACCUUGCAAGUCCUACAACAGAGAUGACAAGUCCAGGCUUAACUCCAUCCUGA